CAAAACAAAAAAAAAUGGCUAUGGUUAUGGCGUAAAUUGACGAAUGUGAGUUGUGAAAAAGACCAAAAUUGUGGGAAAACAGAUACUUCUAGAAGAUAAACGAUGGCAACAAGAGGAGAAAGAGGCGUCGGGAGAGUCUUAGAUAAGCUAGAAGCGUCUGUGAAUUCGGGUCAAUACUACGAAGCACAUCAAAUGUACAGAACUCUGUAUUUCAGGUAUCUAAGUCAAAAGAAAUACGCAGAUCUAUUAAAUUUAUUGUAUAAAGGGUCGACACUGCUGUUACAGCGUGACCAGCAAGGCAGUGGCGCAGAUUUGGCCAUUCUCCUCAUAGAUGUUUUGACAAAGUCAGAUACGAAACCAUGUGAAGAAUGGAUUGACAAACUAGCAAAGUUAUUUGAAAUCAUGAAUUCCAGUAUCCCAGAGCGGGAAACGUUCCUUACCAAUUCUGUAAAAUGGUCUAUGGAUAGUAAUAAGAAAGGUCACCCAUUAUUACACAAGAGAAUUGCAGAAGUAUAUUGGAAAGAAAAGAAGUAUACAGCUGCCCACAGGCAUUUCUUACACUCUAGUGACGGGAAUGCAUAUGCUAACAUGCUGAUUGAGCUCCACACCACUAAAGGCCUCAAGUCUGAGAUAGAUAUGUUUAUUGCACAAGCUGUUCUGCAGAUUCUGUGUCUACGAAACAUUCAGAUGGCAACAGAGGCUUUCAACAAGUACACGGGCUCACACCCAAGAAUAAGGAAUGACAAAGGCCCUCCUUACUUAUUCCCUCUACUGAAUUUUCUGUGGUUUUUAUUGAAAGCUAUUGAACAGAAACAAUCAAAUCAAUUUAAGAUACUAAGGAACUGGUAUGCAAUAAGUAUAAAACGAGAUCCCAACUACUCAGUUUACUUAGACAACAUUGGCCGCAUUUGGUUUGGUAUUGAAAUACCACAAGACAACAAGAAUACUGGCUCCCUGUUUGGUGGCCUCAUCAAGUCCAUAAUAGGAGAUGCUGAAAGUUCUGAUGACGAAGGAGACUACCUGGGUGCCAGUGCUUCUGCCCCUGACUUAGAUUGAGUUAGUGAUUAGACAAAAAAAAAGUUUUUUUUUGACUGACAUAUCUCAACUCAGUUGGAUGAAGUUAUUUUGCCUAACAUAAUAAUUUGUUUAAUAGUAUUCCAUAUACAAUAUCAACACUACAUCGGGUCUUGGGCCUAAUAAUUUAUAAUUUGUUACAUGUAUGAAAUCAUUCUAUUCUCUAAAUAACUGACCAUUAAGUUCAAUUAAUUAUCCCAUUUCUUUAGCCUUGGAAUUUGGAAUAUUUUAACUAAGGACAAAGUUUUAACAUGUUUUAUAGGAAUCAUAUAAGUCCCUCAUAAUUUAUUUGACUCUUUUUAUAACAUUGUAUUCAUGUGUAUUAUUACUAUUUCCGUAUAUAUUACAAAUACCUAUCUACCGUCAACUCAUAAAACUGAUAACAUAAAGGUCUGGGUUUGGAUGUAAAAGAUGUAAUGACUUUUUAAAAAUGUUUUAUUGUCAACAAAUCCAGUUAAAAUAAAAAUAAAACUAUUUAAAACAGAA